AUGCAAGACGAAUCUCUCCCUCGACGCUCGUUCUUGGGUUUGGAAAACCAACAUGUUCUCAUCACAGGAGCUGCUAGUGCCAUUGGAGGCGAAGCGGUCCGAGAGUUCCUAGAUCACGGAUGUCGUGUCACAGCUUUCGAUAACAAAGCUUUACAAUUGUCCGGUAUUGAUGCGGAGCGGUUUUCUCGAUUGCACAUCGUCGGUGGUGAUGGCGCGGACGAAGCAUCAAUUGAAGCUGGGUUUUCCAAGGCAAAGGAGAGAUUCGGAGCCGUCAACAUCCUUAUUGUCAAUCCCACGCAAGAGAAUCCAUCAAAAUCAAAGCCAAUCUGGGACCUUUCUCUGGAUGACUGGAAUAAGAGCCACCAGUUGAGUGUCCGAAGUUCUUUCCUCGCCAUCAAACACUUCUUGCGAGGUGUGUGUGAAUAUUCACAAAGCUCUGGGUGUCAAUUGGCCAGUCCAUCAAUUGUUGUCACAGAAACCGAGUCCACAGCUGGUCUUCACUAUGCUCUUCUCAACACCGUUCGGAAGGAAAUCUUGCAGCUCAAUAGUGACGGUCGAAUCAAUGCUGUGGCAUGUGGCCUCGAUGACAGUGACCACGCAAAAGGGAUUACCCCAGCAGAUGUAGCUCGAACCAUGGCCUUCUUGGCUUCAAAGCGGGCUGCCGGUCAUAUCUCUGGACAGUGUAUUCAAGUAGAGGGCAAAGAGAGCCAUGACAACAGUCAGGCCUCGAAAGCUGUUUCCGCCCAGGAUUCUGCACCGUCAAUCCCGCGUGCACUUGCAAAGCCGAAACGCAAUAAGAUUCGCGUUGCUGUAUCAAUUGAUCUUGAUGCAGUGUCAGGGUGGCUUGGUACUAACUCUCAUCCCGACAACAUCCUGGCAGACUAUUCUGCCGGAUUCUUCGCUGCCCGCGUUGGUGUUCCUCGGUUACUGCGCAUGUUAACAAAGUUGAACAUCGCGAAUCGCUGUACCUGGUUUAUCCCUGGCCACUCUGCAGAGAGUUUCCCGGAGGAAGUGAAGAAAGUUGUUGAAUCAGGCUGUGAAAUCGGUCUGCAUGGCUACGCCCACGAGGGCGCAUACCAACUCACACCCGAGCAAGAGCGUGACGUUCUUGUACGAUGCAUGGAUAUUUCCCAGACCCUGACAGGCAAGAAACCGGUCGGGUACCGAGCACCGUUAUAUCAGCUCCGUGAGACGACCCUUGAUCUACUCGAGGAGUAUGGAUUUGAAUAUGAUGCCUCAUUGACGGACCACGAUUGUCACCCCUUCUUUGCGCCAAAACGCCCACCUAUCCAACCCAUCGAUUUUUCCAAGCCCGCCGCUACCUGGAUGCACCCCGUCAAGGAAUCGCCCUCUCCACCCGAUCGAAGACCUCUCGUAUGUGUUCCGUGCAACUUUUAUAUGGAAGAUAUGACACCUAUGCAGUUUCUUCCUCACUGUGAGAACUCUCAAGGGUACGUUGAUGUGCGUGUUAUCGAGAAUAUGUGGCGCGAUCGAUUUUUAUGGAUUCGUGAUAACGAGGAGGAGCCCAUCUUCCCUGUUUUGAUGCAUCCCGACACGAGUGGAAUGGCGCAUGUUAUUGGUAUGUUGCAGCGUAUGCUUGAGUGGCUUAAGGAAUGGGAGCGAGAAGGUGAGGUGGAGUUUUUGCAGACUGGAGAGAUUGCUCGGUGGUGGAAGGAGAAGAAGAUGUUGGCAAAGGAAACCAAAUGA